AUGACCCCUGUUGAGCAACUUCAGCUGUCUGAUCUUCAGGGCUUUCUCCCUGUGAUAGUUUCUGAGUGCGACCACAGGAUAGAGAAGGCGGUUGGAGUGACGUUGAAGAUGGAUGUCAAGCUUUCUGAUGUCUGUGCGAGGGAUUGCGUGUCGAGGACGCUGGACCUUGGGUUGUGUGUGAGAAGGAUCCGGGAGUACUGGGAGGCCUUGGAGUGUGCGGUAUAUGUGUGGGACUUUUCUCGAAGGAUGGCCGAGAUAGUUGAUGGGCUUGGAGGAGAGGGAAGGAUUGAGGUAGCAGUCAAGCUUCCUGGAAGUAGCUCUCUUUCGAAGGAGGUUGUAUACAAGGCGAGGAGAGACGGGGGAUGGAGUGAGCUGUUGGUGGUCGGGGAUAUCUGUGGCAGGGUGCUUAUAGGGUGCAAGGAUGCGGAGAGGUGCCAGAGGCAGGAUAUCAGGGUAGAGGUUGAGGGGAUGUAUCCAAAGGUAGCUCCGGAGCGCCUUCCUCGGAUCAACACGCAGUCUUUGAUUUCCUCUAUUAUCGGGGAGAUGGAGAGGGGAGAGUAUAACACCAUGGAGUGCUUGGCAAGCCGAAUUGUUGAUUUUGUGGAGGAGAGAUACUGUUUUGUAAGGGUCUGUGUUUUCCUUCAGAAGAUGCAUGGGGCUCUUGGAGGAUUGAGCUCCGGAGUGAGGAUAGGGAGGGCGACGCGGCAUGCCUUGGCGGAGAGAGGGCAUGCGGAGGCUAAAGGAGGAGAGGAUCUGAGGACGGCAUACAUAUGUGUAGGAUCGAACAUGGGGGACAAGGUCGGCAACAUUCACUCUGGGCUUAAGCUGCUGAAGGAGUGUGGGGUUGAGAUAGUGGACACCUCGUUCCUGUAUCUUUCCGGGUACCAAGGGGAUGGGGAGGUUUCUGAUAGGGAGUUUGUGAAUGCAGGGGUCAAGAUAAGGACUCUGCACUCUGCCUCCUCGCUUCUUCGGGUGGUGAAGGGGAUAGAAGAGCGUGUUGGGAGGAUGAAGGCAAGGGGGACGGAUGAUAGGAAGAUUGACCUUGACAUUGUGUUUUACGAGGAUCUUGUUGUUGACAGCAGGGAUCUAGUGAUACCGCAUCCCCGCCUGCACCUGCGUGAGUGGGUGUUGAGGCCACUUGCAGACAUUGAUCCUUUCUUCAUGGAUCCUCUUCGGAAGAUGUCUGUUAGGUGUCUGCUUGAGGGCUGUUUGAGGAAGAUUGACCUCAGGGCUAGUGUUGGGCUAGAUGUUGAAAGGAUGCCCUUUGUGGGUGUGGAGAGGGUGAUGUGGCUUGGAAGCAAGCUGUACAGAUGGGGGUCUCUAGGAAGUACGCUGGUGAUGGGGAUACUGAAUGUGACGCCGGACAGUUUUUCUGAUGGCGGGUGCUAUCUUAGUCUCUGUGAUGCUCGGAAGAGGUUUAUUGAGAUGGUGGAACAAGGUGCGGAUAUAGUUGACAUAGGGGGAGUGUCCACAAGGCCCGGGGCCGCCUCGGUAGAUGUUGAGGAGGAAUAUUCCAGGGUGAUUCCUGUGCUAGAGGAUGUAAGGAAGAUAGACAAGGAUGUCAUUAUAUCGAUUGAUACGACGUCGGCUAGGAUAGCACGUGAAUGCCUGAGGCGGGGAGCAAAUUUCAUGAACACGACUCUGCAUGCAGAUGGGAUGGCGGAGAUGUAUGAGGUUGUUGCAGACCUGAGUGUACCGAUUGUUCUUAUGCAUUCGCGGGGGACUCCGAGGACGAUGGGGUCCCUGGUUUCCUCUGCACGUGGGCAAAGCCUUCUGGAAGAAGUCUCGAAGGAGACCAACGAUAUUCUGAUGGAGGCCAGAAGGAGUGGGGUCUACAGAUGGAACAUCAUUCUAGAUCCCGGGAUAGGGUUUGCAAAGACUCCGAUGCAGAGUGUUGAGGUGAUGUCUGGGUACCAUAGGCAUCAUCCGUUUUCUAGCUAUCCUUGUCUUGUGGGACAUUCGAGGAAGAGCUUUAUCGAGAAGGUCGGGCUAUCUGUGCCUGGAGAUUGUGUGCACCCCGCUACCCUGUGGGGGACGCUUGGGGGCACUUCUAUGCUUUGCCGUAGUAAGACCUUUAUUGUAAGGGUCCAUGAUGUGCCUGAAAACGCAUCGAUUGUCAAGCUUUACGGUUUGCUCGGUAGCAGUGGGCUGGAUCCCUAG